AAACUUUUGCCGAUUGAUGAAAACCUCAAUUCAUCAAGAAGAAUCGAAGGUUGUAUCCAAUGUAAAAAUCGUGUAAAGUGUGAUAUAAAAGCUCCGUUAAUAUGUAGCGAUUGCCUUCAUGAAGUAUUAGAAAAAGAGUUUGCUAACUGGUCAAGUGGAAAUUUACUAAUUGAUGAAUUCAUUCAAAAGGCACAGCGAGGUGAAUUCGGUGCAGUAAUUUCUGCAAAAUGGAGCCAAGGUGCCAAAAUUUUCGAUAACAAUGAGCGUUAUUAUUUUCGAUCAAGUCCCUGCACAGUUGUUUUAAAGAAAUUAAAAGUUAGGAAACAUUUUUCACUUAUAGAAAUACAAAACCAAGAUUUACAUAAUUGUUGUAAUUUAUAUGGAAUUACCCAAAAUCCUUCAACAUUAGAAUAUAUGCUUGUAGAUCAUAAGUUUUGUCGACCAAUUUCUUCAAAUUAG